GCAAAGCAAAGCAAGCAGCCAUGUUGCCGAGAGCUUGUUCCGGUAUGAGGGCAGGCUGCCGUGCUUUUUAGACCGCAUUCGGGCGCAUCUCUUGAUCCUCCCUGAGCACCCAAGCUCAAACGAUCGAUCAUGGAUCGUACAAGUUAAUUAACUGAAGCAAAAAGAACCUUCCAGUCAGGAAUAUCUGACGGGAAUAUUAAGCGGAUGGUGGUAUCGUCAGGACGGGCCACACUGCAGUGCAGCACUGGUGAACAACCUUAUUGCUACCAAGAAGCCGGAGAGACAUUGCUUUUCCUGGAUUGUGAUCCUCGCUGUGUGGCAGCCACCAACAGCUACCGCUACCAUAGCCGCCUGUGGCCACUGGAGCUCAGGCUAGCUGGCUAACUAGCUCACUGGCUCCUGCAUCGAAGGAAUUGGCUGGCUCUAUGGGCUAAAUCAAUUUUCUUAGCAUUUCUACGUUUUUAUUUGUUUGGAUAUCUAGCCAUCUGACUGGGGGACAUUUUGAGCUGUUUUGUGUGACUUGGCAAGGUCGGAACAUCGCCUGGAAUAACUUUGGCCUGGAAGGUUUAUUGAGAUUUGGAUAUAAAUCUCGAACGACUUAUUUGUGUAAUUCACUUUUAGUGUCAGUUUAGUCACCAUUUGAUUUGUUUGGCAUGCUUAAACCAUCGUGCUAGUUAGCAUGCUGUAGUUGAACAGUGUCUUGUUUAAUACAUCCAUUAGCCUAACUUUUCUUUCCAGCUAGCCGAAGAUUGCUAGCUGCUUCAAACGUCACAGCGUCAAGCUCACGGCUCCAUGGUCACCACUGACUCAUUUUAAAUGAUAACUGGGGAUAUACAUUCUUGAAACAGAGAUUUUCGGAAGACAUUUGACUAUUUUUGACAAACAUGGGACCUGCGGUUGACGCUAGCUAGUAUCUAGCUAGCUAACUCGGCUAGCCGCUGAUGUGGGAUCCAACUUGUUGAUUCACGGGCUAGCUGACGUGUUGCUAGCAGGCUGGCACUGGGGAUCUUGUUGGUGAUUUUUUUUAACCCAAACAUCACCAAAAGCAAGGUUAAAUGAACAAAAGCCAGUGAAGAAUCAUUCUUGUGUUGCUUGUGCUUGUUGCAAACAAAAACUCUUCAAGUUGUCGCCAAAAUGUCAACAAGGACCCCACUGGUGCAAGUCAUUGAAAAUUCUGCAGGGCAGGACUCCAAGUCAUCGUCUGGCCGCUCUAGCAUGUCACGAUGCCGGAACUCCAUUGCAACCACCACUUCAGACGACCAGCCGCAUAUCGGCAACUACCGUUUGCUGAAGACUAUCGGCAAGGGCAACUUCGCCAAGGUCAAACUGGCUCGGCACGUCCUCACUGGUAAAGAGGUGGCUGUGAAAAUCAUUGAUAAGACGCAGCUCAACUCCUCAAGUUUGCAGAAGCUCUUCCGGGAGGUGAGGAUCAUGAAGAUGUUAAAUCACCCUAACAUCGUAAAGCUCUUUGAGGUGAUUGAGACAGAAAAGACUUUGUACCUGGUGAUGGAGUAUGCAAGUGGAGGAGAGGUUUUUGAUUACUUAGUGGCUCAUGGCAGGAUGAAGGAGAAAGAAGCCCGUGCCAAAUUCAGACAGAUUGUGUCAGCAGUGCAGUAUUGCCAUCAGAAGUGUAUAGUACACAGAGACCUCAAGGCAGAGAACCUGCUGCUGGACGCAGACAUGAACAUCAAGAUAGCAGACUUUGGUUUUAGUAACGAGUUCACUCUGGGGAACAAGCUUGACACGUUCUGUGGCUCCCCACCUUACGCCGCUCCGGAGCUCUUCCAGGGCAAGAAAUACGACGGGCCUGAGGUGGAUGUCUGGAGCCUGGGAGUCAUCCUCUAUACGCUCGUCAGCGGCUCCCUGCCUUUUGAUGGACAGAAUCUCAAGGAGCUGAGAGAACGUGUUCUGCGUGGCAAAUACAGGAUUCCCUUCUAUAUGUCCACCGACUGUGAAAACUUGCUCAAGAAGUUCCUCAUCCUGAACCCCUCCAAAAGAGGCAGCCUCGAGCAGCAGAUAAUGAGGGACCGGUGGAUGAAUGUAGGCUACGAGGAGGAAGAACUGAAACCCUACAUCGAACCACAGCCAGAUUAUAAGGACCCUAGGAGAACAGACAUUAUGCUGCAGAUGGGAUUCUCUCAGGAGGAGAUCCAGGACUCGCUGGUGAAUCAGAAGUACAAUGAUGUGAUGGCAACAUACCUGCUACUGGACUAUAGGAACUCUGAGCUGGAUGAGGGUGGUAUCAAGCCCCGGCCUGGAAGUGAUGUAAGCAACAUAAAUGCCCCCUCCCCGCCUCACAAGGUACAGCGCAGUGUGUCAUCCAACCAGAAGGCUCAGAACCGCAGAGCUACUGACCAGGGCUCCUCCUACUCAAAGAGAGGAGACAACCGAACUUCUGGGGAGGAUUCUGGGAGGAAAGGUUCAUCGGGCAGCUCCACUACCAAGGUGCCGGCAAGCCCUCUGGUCGCCUCUGACCGCAAGAAGAGCGCCACGCCCUCUACCAAUAGCAUCUUGUCCACUGGCACAGGUCGCAGUCGGAACUCUCCUUUGACUGAGAGAGCCACGCUGGGCCAGGGCAUCCAAAACGGCAAAGACAGCCUAAACACUCCGGGUUCCCGCGCCUCCACUGCCUCAGCCGCCGCCGUCCUCUCCUCCUCCUCCUCGCGUCCCCGCCACCACAAGUCCUUGUCUUCCUCCAAUCAUCCAUGCCCCUCUGACCUGCAUGCACCACGACCCAGUGCGCCCUCUCAGCGGGCGCCUGCUGCUUCCCCGUCGGCCCAUAACAUCAGCAGUGCAGCGGCGACUGACCGCACCAACUUCUCCCGUGGGGUGGGCAUCCGCAGCACGUUCCACGCAGGUCAGCAGCGGGGGGCCCGGGACCAGCAGGGCUCUGCCUACCCCGGCGGUCCGGCGUCCCCGUCGCUGUCGCAUGGCAACAGCCAGGCACGGAGGACACACGGUGCCACAGGGAUUUUCAGCAAGUUCACGUCAAAGUUUGUACGCAGAAAUCUGUCGUUCAGGUUUCCAAGAAGCAGCUCUUGUGUUGAAAUCUUCCCCUGUGCCUUGAGCCUUAUCUUUUUCUCCUAUUUAUUUAUUAUUUCCUGUGGUUGGCCCUUAUUUAUGAGCCUUCUGGUUUUGAGCUCCUUGUUUGGCCCAUUUUGUGUUUGUUUAUUCCACUAAUGCCCCUCCUCACCCACCCAUGCCCCUAACUCACUCACUCACUCACUCCCUCCAUCAUCACGCCAUAUAACACCUCACUCCUCUUUCUCCUCACCCCUCCCAUCCACCACAUCCACCUCAUCUCCCAACCCUUUGUCCCAUUUAAUUGCCAGGUAGAGUGUGUGUGAGCGCUGUCUUAGCUUGUUUUUGUUCUUCCCCUUGGACAGAGGCCUCCAUUAAUGAUUAAAUGUCACAAUUGGUAACAAUUAUCUAUUCUGAGUUGAUAAGAUGUAAAGGCCUUACCAACUUAAUACUAAUGGCAACUUUUGAGGACCCAAAGUGUGCUCAUCCCAUGCAGUAGUUGUAAUAGUGACGUUUUGUUGUGGAAAAGAAGAGCGGAUCCAGGAGGGGUGGUGGCGCUGCAGUGUUUCUCAGUUUCUUUUCCGGAGGCUGCACUCUCACUCUUUUUUUCUUGCUCCGGCCCUGGCUCUUUUAACAGUGGCAGCAUCAGAACUGCUUUGACCUUGUCCUCAAUGCUCUGAACACACACUCUUAUGCAUAUUUGCAUGAUGCAAGAUUCAUAUCAACACAUGCUCUUAAUAGAUUGUGCAUUUCAGGAAAACGUAUCAUCAUCGAGUGUUCUGUCUUCAUCUGGACCAUUGUGCCACCUGCUGGUCAAAAGUUGUAACACUCACAAUUCAAUUCCAGCAAUUUCCAAUGAUAGAUUGGGACACAUUUGUAUCAAUAUUCUUCCACAGCCAUUUUGCAUCCCCCACAUUGCAAUUACCAUGUAAAAUGGUGCAGAAAAUUACAUUAAACUCUUUUUCAAACUUCACACACACGCAGUCAUUUGCCAUAUACCCUAUUUUUAACCAUAUUUCUCUUGCAGGAGGUAUUACAUUUGUUGAUUUUGUCUCCCAAAACAUUUUUGUCAGUUGUCUGCAUGUGUUGUUUGUUUUCUUGUCUUCAUGAGUGUCUGUUGUGUGUUUUUAAGUUGUGUGCUGGUACAAGAGGGAGUGUAUGUGUACAAACUCAGCUGAUAAAUAGUUUUAUAUCAGUGAAAGGUCUAUGUGUGUUUAGAGGAGGUUUUAUUACCAAACCCUGUUUUCGCUGCAGGAAGUGCAUUCAUCAUGGUUCAGUUCCAAGCCAUGCCAUCUCAGUCUACCCCCUCCCCCCCCCCUUUCAUAUUUUGAGUCUAACAUUUAUUCCAAGCUGUCCCAUUCCCACGUUUUGAUGAUACAUACUCAUCACUCAUUCAUUUAAUCAAACUACACUAAGUCCCCAACUUGUGAACAUUCGGAGAUACGAACGCAAGCGGACUGGUCUAUAUUUUCAUGUAUUUUGCCUUUUGGAACUCCAUAUUUAUACUGUACAUGCUUGACCAGUUGAGGGCACUGUGACACUGCUAAUGGGACCAACAGGUAGAGGAAAAAAAGGAAGAGGAGAGAGGAAGGCUAAGAGUUUUUUGAUACAACCCGGACAGAGUGUGACAGUGUGAUUAAAGUUUAUGAAGAGUUAAUAGGCCUGCUUAAUUCUACACCACCCACAGAACACUACCUCUUUUAGAAGAGUCUAACGACGACGACCAUUUGUCCUUUUUUUCAAUAUCUCCUCCUCCACCACAACCACGACGUAUGCUCGACCACUCCUCUUCAAAGGUAAAUAACAUUUAUCAUUACGUAUUAUUAUAUCAUUUUUAUUAUUGUUUUUUAAUGAAUUAUCCUUGUUUAAUAUUACUACUGCAUCCAAACUCAUAUUUACAUACAUACGCAUAUAUGUAUACACGUACAUUUAGUACCUAUAUUGGUAAUAUUAAAUAUUUUCGACUUGCGAACGGUCGUCCGGAACCAAUUGUGUUCGUUGGUUGGGGACUUACAGUAGUGUACUGGUAAUGUAUUGUGGGCCAUGUAGUCCUUAGUGGGGUCUUGGAAUAACUGGAAGUUUUCCUUUUCAAAGAGUGGAAUUCUGUAUUUGGUAUAACAAUGGGAUGUGGUUGGGUUGGAAAGGCCAUGGUGAGCUGCUUUACUGUCACCCCCUUCCCGAACACCCCCACCCGGCACCAAAAAUAGUAGAAAGACUAAACUUGUGUUGAUUUUUCUCGAGGAGUCCGUAUGAGGGAGAGGGUCGGGAUGAGGGGAGCAGGUGAGAUACAGACCAGAAACCCCGCUUCUUCCCUUGCCUGCCAAUCAGUACUGUAGACAGUAGAUGAUCUUUGAGCUGGGACAGGGGGGCGCUGAGCUGGGAUUUAAUUGAGUGGUGAAGGUGACCAAUCAGGAUGGGAGAUUAGUGGUGAGAGUGAUGGUGUGGAGGUGAGCCUGCAUGGUUGUAUGAGUGCGUGACGGGGGAAAUCAUAGCUUUCCUGUAUCCAUAUGUGUGUUUGUGUGUAUAACACACAUGCUGAACACACCCAAACACACACAGGGGUACUUAAUUUUUGUUUUUUUGUCUUCAUUUUUUCAUCAUCUCCCUCUUCCUCUUAAUGCUUCCUCCAAUUAUCCAACAAUUCUCUCGCAUCUCCUCAUCCCCCUCCUCUUCUCUCGCCUUUUUAUCCCAUUUUUUUCCUCCACCCUGCCGCCC